AUGGAAAAUUCACACGAAGUAACACUCUUAACGAACGAUUUUCAAACAAUAUGGCUUGACAAUCACAUAGAAGAUAUUAAAGAAGCUGAUUAUGUUCUUCGUAAACCUGAUCUUGGUCAUCUGAUUGAAUAUUUGAAGAUAUAUAAAGACUUUGAAGCUUGCCAACAAUAUAUUGAUUCUCUUGAUAAUGCAGAUAAAGUUUUUCUCAUUGUAUCGGGUUCCCUUGGUGAGAAAAUGCUACCGUCAAUUCACGAGCUGGCACAAAUUGUGUGUAUAUACAUCUUCUGUGUUGAUAUACACAAACAUCAAGAAUGGGCCAAGAAAUUUAGUAAAAUUCGUGGUAUCUUCAGUGAUGCAAAACUUAUGGUAGAUCGUUUACAACGUGAUAUACAGUUGUUACUCUACCAUUUUACUCCUGUAAAUAUUUUUACUAUGCAAAAUGUGAAAGAAAACACCUUACAAAAUAUUAAUAAAGAACAAGCUACAUACAUGUGGUUUCAAUUGCUCAUUGAGACAUUAUUAAGGUUACCGCAGACAUAUCAAGCAAAGUGCGAUCUUAUUGAUGAAAGCAAGGAACGAUAUCGUAAUAAUGAUGUAGAAAAAAGAAAAAUUGAACAGUUUAGUCUUGAACACACACAUGAAAAUGUUAUCGAAUGGUACACGCGUGAUUGCUUUCUCUACCGAUUAGUUAAUCGAGCUUUUCGUAUGCGAAACAUUGAUAUCAUUUUCAAAUAUCGUUAUUUUAUCGUAGAUCUUCAUCAACGUCUAGUCGAACUUCACCAAGCGCAAUACUCGACAAAAUCGUCCGUAGAUAUCACUGUUUAUCGUGGUCAACUAAUGUCUGCAGAGGAACUAGCCAAGUUAAAAGCAAACAAAGGUGGUAUUUUUUCAGUCAAUACCUUUCUUUCAACAACGACUCGAAGUAACGUUGCAGUCAACUUUAUCACAGAUGCUUUAGAAAGACCUUUCUUCGAGAAAGUUCUUUAUGAAAUUAAUGUUAGUGGACAUGGCCCAUGGAAGUGGCCUUUCGCUGAUAUACAUGAUGCUAGUUGCAAUGAUGAUGAACGUGAAAUACUUUUUGAUAUGGGUUCGACAUUUCGCAUAGAUGAAGUUUACGAACUUACAAAAGAUUUAUGGUGCGUUAGUCUUAUACUACUCAAUAUAAACGAUCUCUCGGUAGGGAUCGAUACAAAACUAUAUGAUUAUCUAGUUAAGAAUAGUUUGGGGGAGAAUGAACCAUCAAUUCUUAUACUAUGCAACUUUCUUGAGCAAAUGGGCGAAUUUGAACGGUCACGACAAUUUUGUCACCUAAUAUUACGUGAUAAACCUGAAGGACAACAGCUGAUUAGCAUCUACUCUCAUUUGGCAUUGAUUGAAUAUGACUUAGGCAAUAUUCAUAAGGCAAAAGCUAUUUGUGAACAAGCUUUAGCUAUGCAGAUUGAACUGGACAUUCAGAAUGGUGGGACUACAGCAUCAUCAGCACUCAACCAUCUUCAUUCUCGUCUCGGUCUGAUUUUCAGUGAACUUGGAGACUACAAAAGAGCGGUACAAUAUUACGAACAAGCUACAUUGAUCAAUGCAAUUGUUUUGGAUGAAGACGAUGUAGAUCUUGCUGUUGGCUUCAAUAAUUUGGGUGUGGCCUAUAAAGACCUGGGUGAUUUCAAGAAAGCCCUGUAUUGUUUAGAGGAUCGAGCGCUUAAAUUGCAACUAUCGAAACUUCCUCCAAAUCAUCCAGACUUAGCUAUCACAUAUUCGAAUAUUGGUGAAACAUACUCGGAAAAUGGAAACUAUAGAAAAGCCCGUGAAAAUCAUGAGCGUGUGCUGGCAAUCGAGCAGGUUACGUUACCUCCAUUACAUCCUUCUACGAAAGCAACGUUUAAUAAUUUGGCUGUUGUAUGCGAGAAAGUUGGUGACUAUGAUGCUGCACUUGCUUAUCAUCGGCAAGCAUUAGAAGUGUUGCUGCAUUCAUUUUCACUUGAUCAUAUUUCCUUCGGAACCACAUACAAUAAUAUGGCUGUCGUCUUUGAUUGUCGAGGCGAUUUUGAUGAAGCAUUACGCCACUAUGACAAAGCACUCGAAUAUUUACUUGCUAGUGUAGGCACAGACAAUCAUCCGGACAUUGCUUCAACUUACAAUAACAUUGGUAUGAUUCAUUUUCAAAAGAAACAGCUUAAGGAAGCUUUAGCAUAUUUUGAAAAGACUCAAAAGAUCGAAGAAUGUUUAUUGGAGCCCAACCAUUGUUCUCUAGGGACUACUUACAAUAAUUUGGGAAUGGUAUAUGCAGCUCAAGAUAGAUUAGGAGACGCAAUGGCAUAUCAUCGGCGUGCAUUAGCAAUACGAAAACGGGUUUUACCAAAGAGUCACCCAGAAUUAGCCACAUCAUAUAACAAUAUUGGUGUUGUAUAUUUUAAACGAGGCCACUAUAAAACAGCUAUUGAUUAUCAUCAACGUGUACUAUCCAUUCAAAGUGAAUCUCUACCACAUCAACAUCCUUCAGUGGUUACUACCAAAGAACAUUUGGGUGAUGUUUAUUUUCGUUUAGGUAAUUAUCGAGGAGCUCUCAAAUAUUUCACGGACGCAUUAGCUAUGGCACAAAGGUGUUUACCAGCUACACAUCCGUUGAUUAAGCAAUACACGGCUAAAAUGAAUCAAGUGCAAGAAAAAUUGCCAAAAAAAUAA